GCACAAUGAGACAGCGCUGAGCGCCGGAAGUGGGGCCGAAGGAAAACACGGAGAGGGAGCCCGGCCGGGACAGGAAGAGGCGGCGGACCGCGGCGGAGGUGGUGAGCGCUCCGGGCGCCUGGGCACCGCGUCCCUGCCAGACUCGCCUCUGGGCUGGGUCUCCGCUGGCUUCCCUGGUGUCCGGAGACGAGGUCGGGCCUGGCACCAGAGGUGCAAAGUAAGAAAGUUGAAGUCAAAGACCAUGGGCGAUGCAACAAAACCUUACUUUGUGAAGCGUACUAAAGACCGAGGAACUGUUGAUGACGAUGAUUUUCGAAGGGGUCACCCCCAGCAAGAUUAUUUAAUAAUGGACGAUUAUGCUAAAGGCCAUAGUAGUAAAGUGGAAAAGGGCCUUCCAAAAAAAAAGAUAACACCCGGAAACUAUGGAAAUACGCCCAGAAAAGGACCUUACUCUGUUUCCAACAAUCCAUAUGCAUUUAAAAACCCAAUUUACAGUCAGCCCGCUUGGGUGGAUGACAGCCACAAAGAUCAAAGUAAGAGGUGGCUCUCGGAUGAACUCACUGGUAAUUCAGACAGUUGGAGAGAAUACAAAGCUGGACGUAGAAUUCCUAUCACAAGCCGACCAAGAAAAGACUUGUUUCAGGAAAGUGAGGAUCGUUACAGAUGGCAAGAUGGAAGAGGCUGCAGAACUGUAAGACCACUGUUUCAUAAAGACCUAACAAGCCUAGAAACCAUGUCAGAAAUGGAAGCAGGAAGUCCUGAAAACAAGAAGCAACGCUCAAGACCUAGGAAGCCCCGGAGGAGUAGAAAUGAGGAAAAUGAACAGGACGGAGAGUUGGAAGGGCCUGUGAUUGACGAGUCUGUGCUUUCAGCAAAGGAGCUGUUAGGCCUGCAGCAGGCUGAGGAGCGGCUGAAGAGAGAUUGCAUUGACAGGCUGAAAAGGCGGCCACGGAACUGCCCUACAGCAAAGUACACCUGCAAACUCUGUGAUGUUUUGAUUGAGUCUGUUGCUCUUGCCCACAAACAUAUCAAAGAGAAGAGGCAUAAGAAGAACAUGAAGGAAAAACAGGAGGAAGAGUUGCUUACCACGUUACCCCCGCCAGCACCCUCCCAGAUCGAUGCAGUGGGCAUUGCCAUUGACAAAGUGGUGCAGGAAUAUGGCUUACACAGUGAGAACUUGGAACAGAGGCUGGAAAUCAAAUGUAUCAUGGAAGAUGUGUUCCAGCACAAGUUACCAGAUUGUUCUCUAAGAUUAUAUGGGUCUUCCUGUAGCAGAUUUGGUUUCAGAGAUUCGGAUGUAAACAUUGACAUUCAGUUUCCAGCCAUCAUGUCUCAGCCAGAUGUCCUCUUACUUGUUCAAGAAUGUUUAAAGAACAGUGACUCCUUUACUGAUGUUGAUGCAGAUUUCCAUGCUAGGGUGCCGGUGGUGGUGUGCAGAGAAAAGCAAAGUGGUCUUCUUUGUAAAGUGAGUGCAGGAAAUGAAAAUGCUUGUCUGACAACAAAGCACUUAACUGCCCUUGGAAAAUUAGAGCCAAAGCUGGUUCCUUUGGUGAUUGCAUUUAGAUAUUGGGCAAAGCUUUGCAGUAUAGACCACCCUGAAGAAGGAGGCCUGCCACCCUAUGUGUUUGCACUGAUGGCCAUUUUUUUUCUUCAACAGAGGAAAGAGCCUCUUUUGCCUGUUUAUCUAGGAUCCUGGAUUGAAGGAUUCUCAUUAAACAAACUAGGCAAUUUUAACCUUAAAGACAUUGAGAAAGACUUUGUGGUCUGGGAAUACAUGGAUAAUGCUGCUGGGGACAUAAACACAGCCAAAGAAGAGGCGCCGAAAGAAAUGCCAGUUAGGAGGGGACAGGUGCCUUUAAUAUUUGAUAUAAAACACCAGCCUUCAGUACCAGUUGGGCAGCUCUGGGUGGAAUUGCUGCGAUUUUAUGCUUUAGAAUUUAAUUUGGCUGAUUUAGUGAUAAGUAUCCGUGUCAAAGAAUCAAUAUCUCGGGAAUCAAAGGAUUGGCCCAAAAAACGCAUUGCCAUUGAAGGUAUCUCAAGAUGUUCAAUUCCCCCUAAUCCUCCUCCUCCCACCUUUUUUUUUUUUUUUUUUUUAAGUUGCCAGUCUAACAACAUGGUUUUUGUUUUAGGCUCUUUUCAGUUCCUACUUAUAGGAACUGAAAAG